AUGUCAGAAUCUGCGUGCUCUACGAUUGUGAUUACCGAGUUCAUGUACAACCCUGACAUGACUGAUUCCUUCGAGGCUCCCGGUGAAUACAUCAAGGUGAUGAACAAGGGAAGCUCCUCGAUCAGCAUGACUGGCAUGUAUUUUAACAAUCAGCCAAUCCUCAACCCCGUCGUGCUGUCUCCUGGUGGCUGUGCUUCGUUUGGGGGAAAUUCGGCAGGCUUCAACAUUUAUGGCGUCACAUUUGUUGAUUACCUUGGCUUUUCGUUGCUUAAUACGAGCAUGACCGUCAAUAUUUCCAUCGGGCAGCCAGGCGAUGCUAACUACGAGGUCUGUACUUCUAUCACGUAUGCAACAAGCGGAGCAUGGCCCGCUAGUGCCGACACCAAUGGCAAAGCGUUCCAGCUUCGGCAUCCUACUUUGGACCCGGCUUUGCCAAACUCGUGGGUUCUUGCUACGACCCCUGUGGCGUCGACAGAAGGAUCAAAUUUCGGCAGUCCUGGAUGUGCUGCACGCGAAUCUGCUUCGGCUGCAAGUGCCGCUUCCACCAGCCUGGCUUCGUUUGCUUUGGCUGCAACUGCGGCUUCGAAAGCUUCAACCAGCGUCGCAUCAGUCGCUUCUUCUGCCGCGAGAGCCGCCUCGACCAGUCUGGCUUUGGCUGCAACCGCCGCUUCCACGAGCUUGGCUUCGGGUGCAUCUUCUGCAUCCAACGCUGCCACCAGUCUAGCCUCGGCUGCAUCUUCUGCCGCUCAAGUCGCUUCCACCAGUCUGGCUUUGGCUGCGUCCGCCGCUUCCACGAGCCUGGCAUCGGUGGCAUCUUCUGCAUCUAACGCUGCAACCAGCUUGGCUUCGAUCGCGUCAUGGCCAGCCAACGAGGCAAGUGACUCCGCUGUUUCUGUCGCUUCAAUCGCUUCGAUCGCAUCUUCUGCUUCUGAUGUGGCAACGAGUCCGACCGCGGCUACCUCGGGCGUUUUCCUGGAAUCUUCUUCGUUUGCCUUCGCAUCGUACACACCGUCCAUUGCAUCCGCUGCAAGCUCCGUGUCCAACUCCCAAACUUCUUCGUCUGCCUCGACUGCUUUCGUUUCUAGCUUCCAUCCUGAAGGUGACCCGUCGCCUUCCACCCUUCCGGCCAUCGUUGGCGCGAUCGUUGGCGUGGUUGCCCUUCUGGGGCUGAUUUGCGUGGUUGUGCUCUAUCGUCGACGCCGCCAACCAUCCAGAAACAACUCGAGCAAAGCAGACCAAAUUCCAAUGCAGUCCAACACCAUCAAGUCAUCCGAUAAUCCCUCAUACUACGCCACUGCAUCGACUCCAGACCCGCUAUAUUCGCCGGUGGGGGCGGCAAGUCAGCCGCUUUACGCGUCCGCUUCUGCAGUCGACAGUGCUUACGCUUCUGUCAGUUCACCCCUCGCUCAUUCGCCCCGUGCUGAUGACGGGUGUACGACUAUGCUGUCUCGCCGCGAAUCUACAUGUCGGCGGCUGAGGUCACCCAAUCUCUCCGAGACGGACUGGUUCUGGGCGAGACACUGGGUUCUGGCGCAUUUGGCGUUGUGCUUCGAGGACGCUUGCCGCGCGCGUUGGUGCCAACCGACGCACAGUACCUGCUUCACGACCCCAUGCAGCCUGUCCUGGAAGUAGCUGUCAAAACCAUCCAGGCGAAUGCCUCUGAGCAGUCCCACAACGAGUUUAUCGAGGAAGCGCGCAUGGUUUCGCAAUUCAACCAUCCAAACGUGGUUCGAGCAAUUGCCACGUUGCUGGAAGCAGAGCCGCAUCUCUGUGUCCUUGAAUUGCUGCCGUACGGCGACUUGCGCGACGUGCUGAAAAAGUCAAAGAAGUCGAACAUCCUGUGGACCGAAAGCGAGUUUGCCUACACCCUCGCACAAGUUGCUUCGGGGUUGAACUACCUCGAGUCGAUUCGCUUUGUGCAUCGCGAUAUCGCGGCUCGCAACUGUCUUGUGGGACACGGCUUGUCUGUCAAGAUUUCCGAUUUCGGUUUGAGCCGACUGUUGGCUCAGGACACGGACUACUACCGCAUGGAGCAUAAAGGCCGUUUGCCCGUGAAGUGGAUGGCUCCCGAGUGCCUCAACUAUCGCACGUUCACGCAUCAAAGCGAUGUCUGGUCUUUUGGCGUGCUGGCCUGUAAGUCAACCUGCAUGCAAGCUUGUGGAUGUGCAGAUUUCACUUACUGCAUCCAAACGCAGGGGAAACAUUCUCGUACGGAGCCUCGCCGUACGGAUCGAUGGCAGGUCGCGAAAUCCUUGCUGUUGUGGAAGCUGGAUCGCGUCUCGAAAGGCCUGAAAACUGCCCCCUCAAUCUGUUUGCGAUGGUACAGGCGUGCUGGGAGAUGAAUCCGCAAGCUCGUCCCAGAUUUGCCGCUCUGAGCUCCUACUUUACCAACUUGUCUGUGAAUCAGCCAGUUCGUGACAUUGGUGCUUUACUUUAGCAAGCCCACCCAAUGAAGGGCGCAAGCUUGUAUCCCUUUUGUCCACAUCGACUCAAUAAACAGCGUCUGUACCAA